GCGGCGAAGAUCUGUUCUUUUACAUGAAAUAUGGGUCCAUAAACCAUCCGACCGUUAGGAAGCUAAUUUGAAACUCGGGAUUUCACGUUGUGUUUACAAGUCUUCAAUAUCGUUUCUAAAGUGUUUCUCUGUGGUUUGUUCAGUGGAUAAUGUGAACUCCUGUUAUACCUUAUUCCAUGUGCCAAUUUUGGCGGAUUAAGUUAAAUGUUUUGGAUUAGCAAUACUACUUUAGAAAAAUGCAUAAAAAUGAAAUAAAAAUGUUUUUUUCUGGAUAAGAAAGGAAACAAACCACUAGUUUAAGGAAAACACAAUAUUGAAUUGCUAGAUUGGUCUCGUCUUUGGAUAUCAGAUAUCACAAUAUUCGCUCAUUUGAAAGACGGAUAUAAUUAAAAGGUUUCGUAUUCAUCCAAAAAGUGUCUAGUUGCCAAUAUGGAUAACGGCCCAUAAUUAUUAAGUUCAUAUUUCAAUUUGAAAACAUUUACACCAUGAUUAUGUGCGCACAUGAAGUAAAUAAGUCAGCACAACGCAGAAUAGCGCGAAUUUCGCAGUGAAGAAUUCGGUGAGAAGAAAAAGAUGGAUGAAAAUAUCAGGACGAAAAUGUUCCAAAAAAGGGAUAAAGGAUCAAAAAGCUUCAGCCCUUGUAUGAAAAUAUGGGCUUGGUCUACGGUGUGUGCGGUGUUGUUGGUGUUAGCAAUUGUGAUAUCAAUAAGUUUGUGGACAAUUGUUUCCAACCAAAAAACAUUGAACUCGUUAGAAGAUAGGCUUAUUCUCCUGGAAACGGAAUUAAAAGAAACAAAAUCAACUAUUGAAUUAAUAGUCGAAGAAAAGGUUAAAUCUGAACUUGACAAGAGAUUAAACCCACUUAAUGAGGACUUAAGUCGACGAUUGUUGAAUAGAGCGACCAGACAGACUCCUUGCACUUGUCCACCUGGGCCAACAGGACCAAAGGGCGACAAAGGAGAAGUAGGGCUGCGCGGUGAAAAUGGUUUCCCGGGCCCAUUUGGAUUCAAGGGACAAAUGGGACUCCCUGGUCCGAAGGGAGAUAAAGGAGAUACGGGUGAAACGGGAGCCAGAGGGGAUAAAGGUGAUGCCGGCCUUCCAGGAUACGAUGGCAUUGGGGAAAAGUCUGGGUGGAAAAGGUCGGUACGGCUAGACAGUGACAAGAACGCUUACGAACUCCUAAAUCUCAAGAAUCCCAACUUUGAAGUGAUAACAAUAAAGGGAGAGCCUGGGGAACCAGGAAAGCCGGGUCCACAGGGGGCGGCCGGACCCCAGGGGAAACCGGGUCUGCCAGGCUUCGACGGUAUCCCUGGAGACAUAGGACCGCAAGGUCCACCGGGACCAGCCGGACCACAGGGACCUCAGGGAAGGGACGGGCGACCUGGUGAUCCGGGGCCAGCAGGUGAAAUAGGAUUGCCCGGUUCGCAAGGACCACCAGGACUUAAGGGACCAAAAGGAGAAAUUGGACCUAAAGGCGAACAGGGCAAACGGGGAAACCGCGGUAAGAAGGGCAAAUGCAAAAAGCUAAAGGGGCCGAUAGGGGAACCUGGUCCCAAGGGUCCGAAGGGAGAUAACGGCCCUCCUGGGCCCGAGGGACCGAAAGGCAGCAUUGGUAACACAGGCAACACCGGAAGUCCCGGUCCGGUAGGACCGGACGGAAAGCCGGGACCCAAAGGAUCGCUAGGACCCGUUGGUCCAACCGGCGCGGAUGGCCUCAUUGGUCCACCAGGCCUACCCGGACCUCCGGGCAAGACGGUUGUUAUUGACGGUGGCAACGGGAGCGGGGUGAGUGCUUUGCCUGGACCCCCGGGACCCCAAGGCCCACAGGGUCCAGUGGGUUUGCAGGGGCCACCUGGAAUAAAGGGAGAACGUGGUUGGGUGGGUGCUAAAGGUGAGCCGGGCUUUAAAGGCAGCGAUGGUGACUUCGGACCAAUGGGUUUGCCGGGGACAGAGGGCCCUAGAGGCGCCCCGGGCUCCACUGGGGAACCCGGCCCUAUGGGUCCACCUGGUCCCCCGGGCCCCGGAUCCGCGGGGCUGACUGAGGACUGCAAGUGUGAGAAGGGAGAAAAGGGAGACAAAGGAGUUAUUGGCAAGCGUGGAAAGCGAGGUCGAAAGGGCGAUAAAGGAGAACAUGGGGACCCGGGAACACCAGGUUUAGAUGCCCCGUGUCCGCUAGGCAAAGAUGGGUUACCCAUUCCAGGGUGCUAUUAUGAAAUACCUGACAAGGACAUGGCACCAGUCUUCGAUGGGAAACUUGGGAUUCCAUAACAUCAAAAUCUGCAUGUUUUCAACAAUUAGUCCAUAGGCCGUCUACCCAUUCUUUCUUGACGAGAUAUUUCCAGCAUCAAUAGACUUUACAAAAUGGCAUUGCAAUUGAACAGUUCAUUGAAGGAUUUUAAAUCUUUAAACACUUUUAAGAAUUAAACACAUCUUAAGAAAUAAAUUUAAGAGUGAUGCGAUGUUAAAUAAAACAAAAAAAUAAAAUGAUUACUUCUCGAUUUUAAUUAUACCUGAUUUUUUUUUAUUAUUCCAAAAUGUGCUCUGAAUCGUAAAUAUAAAACUAUUAGCUAUAUACAAGUAUGUACAUACAUGUGUAUCACCAAUUUGUCUUAAGUAAAUUUGAUUAAAAUAAUUGUUAUGAUCUUGUUAUGUCAAUGUAUAUAUGGUGUACAUUAAUUGGCCCGCAGGGGCGUCUUUCAUACAUAUGUGUUUAUAAUGAAAGGUGGCAGAUAAACCAUGUGUUUGUAUUUUGCAUUUGACUACAUAUAAACUAUUUUGUUUUUA